AUGCCAUCGCUUAUUGUUCCCAACGUCCAUGGUCACGGCUCCACAUCGACGUCGCCGACAGAGCCGCACACGGUUAUCCUGGGCAGUGGGAUUAUCGGGCUCAGCGCCGCGUACUUUUUGUGUGAGAGUGGGAACACAAGACCACGGUCGAUAUGUCUUGUCGAUAGCAGUCCCGAGCUGUUCCACUGUGCGAGUGGACUCGCCGCGGGGUUUUGCGCACAAGAUUGGUUUGCGCCUUCUGUAGCCUCGCUGGGCGCGCUCUCGUUCGGACUGCACAAGAGCCUUGCUGAGAAACACAACGGGAGGCAGACUUGGGGCUACUCGCAAUCCACCGGCAUUUCUCUCUCGCAGGACUCCGAGUCUGCUAUUUCUGGCAGCGGCGAGGAUUGGCUUGAGAAUGGCACGUCGCGCGCGCAGCUUGCGAAUCGAAACCGCCCCUGGGAAGAAGAUGUAGCUGGCCCAGAGUGGCUGCGCAGGACCAAAGACGGGAUUAUGGAGGUCAUCAGCAGAGACGGCACGACAGCGCAGAUUGACCCGCUCAGGUUCUGCAAGUGGCUGAAGAGCAGCGUUGAGGAGAGGGGGGUUAAAGUCAUACAUCCAGCAAGCGCGACAGAAGUGCUGCGAGAUGCGAAAGGCGUGUUGAGUGGAGUGAGAGUGGUAAGCAGUCUGGACAAAGAGCCGCAAGACUUACCAUGCACACGCCUCCUUAUCACCUGCGGCGCCUGGUCGCCUCGCGUCUUCGCAACCCUUUUCCCAAAAGCCCAGACUCGUAUCCCCGUCUCGUCGCUUGCGGGCCAUUCGCUACUCGUGCGCAAUCCGUUCUUCAACCCGCAAGGGCUGGACAAAGAGGUGUGUCACGCGGUCUUUGCAACAGACACGCUGGGUUUCUCGCCAGAGUGGUUUGCGCGGGUAGGCGGGGAGCUAUAUCUGGCUGGACUGAACAGUACGACUAUACCGCUGCCGGAUGUAGCGACGGAUGUGGUGGCGAGCGAGAAGGCGAUUGCGCAGCUGAAGAGCUGCGCGAGGGCUAUGAUGGUGGACAAGGGAGCUGGUAGGGAGAUACAGGUCCUACGGCAGGGACUGUGCUUUCGACCUGUGACUUCCAGCGGCCGGCCACUGGUGUCACGGAUACCGGAUGAGAAGCUUGGGGGUGUCAAGACAAGAGGUGGAGGCGAUGGAGGGGUAUUCAUCGCCGCUGGGCACGGCGCAUGGGGAAUAUCUCACGCGCCCGGCACAGGCAUGGUACUGGCAGAGUUGAUGGAGGGACGGCCAACGAGCGCAAAGGUCGAGGCAUUGAAAUUGCUUGAUCGGUGCUAA